CCGGUGUUUAGGUCUGUGUAGCUAGUUAGCAGUGCGCUAAGUUAGCUAGCCCGCUCGGUAGCAGGCUUCUGGGUUCAGCCUGCUGCAGUUCUCACCGUCGGCUCCUGGUCACGGACUCAGUUAGAGCAUUAGCUUGCUUUCUGUCAGGCUGUUGUUUUUGUUUGUUUGUUUGUUUGUUUGUUUUUGUUUUUUGUUCCCCCCUAAUACCACGUAAUAGCUUCAUUAAUAUCGUCUAAAUACCGUGUCAUGUAGUGCGGUCUGAAAUAAAAAUCGACAGCUAACAUUUUUCACUUAUGGAAAUAAACAGAAGUUUUUCCAGCCACUAAACCGUGCACAAAAAAAACUGGGUCGAAACCAGGCUAACUGGCUAACCGGCUAACUUCCAAAACUGGUCUGGUUCUAUAUGUUAAAUUUUACUAGACAUAAUCCAGGUAGCUGAUAUACUUUAACUGAAUGGACAGUUAAACUAUAUUCGGCGCAGCUUGGUUAGCUGUGUUCUUUUUGAAAGCGUUUUCUUUCACCUAGCCGGUUAGCUAACGCAGCAGUGAGUGCGAGCUAAUCCGCUUUCUGUCGCUAGUGUUACCGGACACCGGCAUCGAUGAUCAGAACAAUCAGCUAUGAGAGCAGACCUCUCGUCAGUCAGCUCUCCUCGCGGAAGACGGUUUUUUUUCUUUUUACAGCAAUUUACUAAUCAUUUUUGGGCAGAAAACGCAGCGGGUAUACGUCUAACUUUAUAUUUAAUUGACCUGAAUGCGGUUUUGACAUCUUGUUUACAUUGAAUAUUUACGAGUAAAUAGCACACCCCGAUUCUGUUCUGGGAGUAGCAACGCCGCCAAAAUAGCCGGCCCGGGCAGGAAGCGGCGCAGCUCGGACUCAGACCCCAGUGAAAGCGGCUCGUCCGGCGGCAGUGAGGUGAGAGACAGCCGCCCUGUCAGCGGCAAGUGGCUGAAGAUGGCUAGCAGCAGCAGCUCUGCAUCGGGCGAGGCGAGCCGCAGACGAGCGCAGAGAGGAGCUGAGGAGAGCAGCAGCAGCAGCAAGAAGAAACAAAAAGAUCGGGCUAACCAAGAGAGCAGAGAGGCCAAGCGUGCUGCGACUGCGGCCAGCCAAGACACCAAGAAAGAUAUAUUUCUAGACUGGAAGCAGAAUGCAGAUGAGGUGAUAGUCAGGCUGCGAUGUGGAGAGGGUGCACUGAAGGUGGAGAAUGUUGACACUGCCUUUUCAGAUACGGCCUGCCAAGUCCGCUUCCCAGAUGGGCGUGAGUGGCAAUGUCACCUACACGCUGAGAUAGAGAGCUCCUGCAGCAAAGUACUGUAUAAGGAGAAAGGCAGCAUAUUGCAACUCAUCAUGCACAAGAAGAUCCCCUUCAAUAACUGGCCCAGUCUUAUGAACAACAAAGAAAACGACCCAGUAAACAUCUUGAGGGAGAAUGGAUGCAGUCACAAGUCAACAACAGAGAGGUCUGAGAAAUCCAGCUUCAGCUCUGAAAUGCUCAAAACUUCCAGCAGACCGGAAGAGCAGGCACCAUCGACAGAUCAGAAAUGCAGUAAACCUGACCGUGGUGUAAAAAGAGGGAUGAAGAACAAACAGGCAGAGAACUCUGAGAGUGCAGGCAUCAGAGUAUCUGAGACUAAGCCAGGCAGUAAAGGAGACCAGACACCUGAGCCCACUGCCAAGAGAACUGUCCGUCCUUCCAAAAGCACAAAGGAGCCCACUGUAGCAUCUAGCCCUGCACGAGAGCAUCAGCCCAAACCAGUAGUCAAUGGCAAACCCAUAAUAAGCCAUGGAUCUGCCUCUGUGCCCUCUACUGCCCAAGAAGGCAAAUCAGAAACCCAGAUUAAAGCAUACCAGGGGUCACAAAAAGAGAAAGAGAUUGAAAAAAAGACAGACAGACGCACUCAGGCUGAAGCAGGUAAAAAUAAGGAUCAGCUAGCUGUUUGUGAGCCAAGGCCUGAGCCCCAUGAGCCUUCUGCUCCCGGAGUAAUACCUCCAACUCCUGGAGAAACCUGUAAGCCUGGGGAGACUAGCAGAGGAGGAACUGCUCCAGAGGACAAAGAGAAAAGCAAAGAGCAAGGGAGGACUGAUGGUGCUGUGCAGGACCAAAGACAAACAGAUGUUCCGGCCCACCAUCUGGAAUCUGGAGAGACUGUUCCAACAGUUGACUCCAAAAGGCGAGAGUUUAAAAAUACAGAGGAGGAGAAGAGGGACAGAUCUAAAGAGGAGCCAAGUGAGAAGAGUCUUGAGAAGGACAGAGGCCCAGAGCCAAUGGUGAACCUGUCGUUUGUGAAGAAUGACUCAUAUGAGAAAGGGACCGACCUGAUGGUUGUCAAUGUCUACUUGAAGGAAAUCUGUAGGGAGAUUUCCAGGGUGCUCUUCAGGGAACAAGACUUCACCCUUAUCUUCCAGACCAGUGAUGCUAAUUUUUUACGUCAACAUCCAGACUGUGGACCAAACACUGUCUUCAAGUGGCAAGUCAAACUCAGGAACCUGAUUCAGCCGGAACAGUGUAGUUUUUCCUUCACUCCAUCACGCAUAGACAUCACCCUGAGGAAGAGGCACAGUCAGCGAUGGGGGGGUCUGGAAGCCCAAGUUCCACAAGGUGCAGUGGGGGGCGCGAAGGUUGCUGUGCCCUCCGGGCCUUCCUCCCUCGACAAGAGUCAGCCAGGGAGCAGUCAGCAUGCUCUGCCUGCCAAGGAGGAGCCUCGGGCAGGGGAGGAGAAGCCUAAGUCCUCUCGGGCUCCAGAGGAUGGUACUUUAGAUGCCGUGGUUCCACGCUCUGUCUCUGAUCAUGUUCCUAUCAAACAAGAGCCAGCCAUUACCACGCCGAAGCCCACCUGCAUGGUGCAGCCGAUGACCCACGCUCCUUCUGCAGGCAGUGAGCGACCUGAGGAAGAGGAGGAGAAGAAGGUGUGUCUCCCUGGCUUCACAGGACUGGUCAACCUGGGGAACACGUGCUUUAUGAACAGCGUGAUCCAGUCUCUCUCCAACACACGGGAACUAAGAGAUUAUUUCCAUGACCGGGCUUUUGAGACAGAGAUCAACUGUAAUAACCCCCUGGGCACAGGUGGAAGGUUGGCUAUUGGGUUUGCGGUGCUGCUGCGGGCUUUAUGGAAAGGCACUCACCAUGCUUUUCAGCCCUCCAAAUUAAAGGCAAUAGUGGCCAGUAAGGCCAGUCAGUUUACAGGUUAUGCUCAACACGAUGCCCAAGAAUUCAUGGCCUUCCUCUUGGAUGGGCUGCAUGAGGACCUGAACCGUAUCCAAAACAAACCGUACACAGAAACCGUGGAUUCAGAUGGCCGCCAAGAUGAGGUUGUAGCAGAAGAAGCAUGGCAAAGGCACAAGAUGAGGAAUGAUUCAUUCAUUGUUGAUCUGUUCCAAGGCCAGUACAAGUCAAAGCUUGUGUGCCCAAUGUGCUCCAAGGUUUCUAUUACCUUUGACCCCUUCCUAUACUUGCCUGUCCCUCUACCUCAGAAACAAAAGGUGCUCACUGUCUUCUAUUUUGCUAAGGAGCCCCACAAGAAACCAGUCAAGUUUUUGGUGAGUGUUAGUAAAGAGAACUCAAGCACAGCGGAAGUGUUGGAGUCUAUUUCCCGGAGUGUGAGAGUCAAACCAGAGAACCUAAGGUUAGCAGAGGUGGUGAAAAAUCGUUUCCAUCGGAUAUUCUUGCCUUCUCACUCCCUUGAUACGGUUUCAUCUGCCGACAUGCUCUUCUGCUUCGAGGUGUUGUCCAAAGAGCUGACUAAGGAGAAAGUGGUGCUGCUUAGGGUCCAUCAGAGGCUUCAGGUUCCCAGUAUUCCUAUAGCCAAGUGUGCUGCCUGCCAGAAACCUCCUCUGUCAGACGAUGAGAAACUGAGGCGCUGUACACGCUGCUAUCGUGUGGGCUACUGCAACCAGGCUUGCCAGAAGAACCACUGGCCCAACCACAAAUCUCUAUGCCGGCCUAACACUGAGAAUGUGGGCCUGCCGUUUUUGAUCAGUGUGCCUGAGUCAAGACUGACCUACACCCGACUCACUCAGCUCCUUGAAGGGUAUUCCAGGUAUUCGGUGAACGUUUUCCGUCCUCCGUUCCAGUCUGGUCGGACAUCUCCUGAGGCUAGUCUGUCUCGUGGUGAACACCCUCUUACAACCGGUUCAGUUGCUGAGGGACCUGGGGCGGAAGAGGAAGAACUUCAUGCAAUUGAAGCAGGGGAUGCUCAGGAGCAGGACAGUGUUUCUCCUGAAAUGGCAACAGCACAGGCCUCCGCUCACUCAGCGGAAGACCUGAACUCGCUGUCCACACGCACCACAGACUCUGGCUUCUCUGAGCUGCUGUCUAGCUCCCAGGAUCCUUUUGGAGAGAAAGAAACAUCAUGUGAAAAGGCUGUGAAACCAGAAGCUGCCGUCACAGGGUACCAGCAACCCUCAGACUGUAGUUACAGGAGUGGUUCUCAGUUCUAUAUCUCACUACAAGAUGCCAACAACAAGGAACUAAAACUUGAAGACAAAGGUGAUGGUGUACUGGAGGUGUCUGAAGACUGCACCUUGGAGCUGGUAUGGAAGAAUAAUGAGCGGCUAAAAGAGUACGUGCUUGUGCGUUCAAAAGAGCUGGAGUUUGAUGAGGAUCCAGGCUCUGCUAGCGAGACCGCCAGGGCGGGACACUUUACACUGGAGCAAUGCCUCAACCUCUUCACCAAGCCUGAGGUGCUAGCGCCUGAGGAAGCAUGGUACUGUCCAAAAUGUCAGCAGCACAGGGAGGCCUCCAAGCAGCUUCUGCUUUGGCGUCUGCCGAACGUGCUUAUCAUCCAGCUCAAACGAUUUUCCUUCCGGAGCUUCAUCUGGAGAGACAAAAUCAAUGACAUGGUGGACUUUCCUGUGAGGAACUUGGACUUGAGUAAGUUCUGUAUUGGCCAGAAGGAAGAUGUUCAGCAGCCCCCUAUUUAUGACCUAUAUGCUGUUAUAAACCACUAUGGAGGAAUGAUUGGGGGUCACUACACAGCCUAUGCUCGUCUACCCAAUGACAAAAACAGUCAGCGCAGUGAUGUUGGCUGGCGUCUGUUUGAUGACAGCACUGUGACUACAGUAGAAGAGAGCCAGGUGGUGACACGCUAUGCCUACGUGCUGUUCUACCGACGUAGGAACUCUCCCGUUGAGCGACCGCCUCGUCUGCUGGACCCGCUGGGAGCCGAGUCUCCUGCUGCAGCUGGAGCUGCUGCCAGUCAGGCGUCUCUGAUAUGGCAGGAACUGGAGGAAGAUGCGGAAGGGCACCAAGGCGCUCCCUCCUGGAGCCUCUUCCGGCCCAGACUCCGACAGAGAAGACCCAGGACAAGGCUGGAGGAAGAGGAUGACCGCAAUGGAGGGCUUACAUGGCGCAGACAGGAACACGUUUCUGAUCAUUCUGAUGAUGACCAUACCAAAUAUUUCCUCCUGGGCACUAUGGCUGCAGUGUUUGCAUUGCUGCUCAACAUCAUCUAUCCCCUGAUAUACAAGUCUCAUUGGGGAUAAACUGAAAAGUGUCACACAUGUAGAGUGUAUAUAUGUACAGUGUGUUUGUUUAUAUACGCACACACCCACGCACACACAUGCACGCAUGUAAUGUGUAUUUAAAAUGCAAACCAGUAUGUAAACAAAAGAGAGUUACUUUAGAUGGAUGGUUUAUUUAUUGUGUAGAUGAGGCUCAGGGCCUCUCUGUGACUUCUAUAUAAAAAAUGGGAUGAUCAUUUUUAAAUGUCUGUUUUUCUAUUUCUUUGAUUUUUAAAUACAGCAGUGUAUCAUAAAAAGAAUUCCUAACUUUAAUUGUACAGAACAAUCAUUUAUACUGUUUAAGAAGCAUCUUUAAGAAACUUGAUUACAGGGCAAACUCAGGGCAUCCUGUAACUGUUUUACACCAUUAGCAAUAGUUACCCUCUUAUUUCUAAUUAACAUCAGACUGCUCAUGUAACAGCCUUCAGAUUUAGCUUAAAAAAAGAACAAAAAGCCAUCAACUUCAGUUUAAACUUGUCAACACACUGACUUUGCAUUUGAGUUUAUUAUACUGUCAUAGUAAUAUAAAGCUCAGUAUAUCCAUCUGCUCAAAACUCUAAUCACUCAAUAAUGAUUCUUCUUAUACUGUGUAAAUAUAUAUUUUAUCCGUCGAGUUUCUUACUAACAGGUGCUGCCAUCCGUCCAACAUGAAGACAGCUUUUUUUAGUUAUAAUGUCAAGCCAUGUGGCUUAACCUCUCAAAAUGGUCUGCAAGUUCCGCUGUUUUUGGUUUGCAUUUUGAUCACUGUCUCUUCUUAUGCUUUUCGUUGUUUUGUUUUUUUGUUUGUUUUUUUUUUUAAGACAUUCCUGCACACUCCCACAAAAAGUUGAACCAAUCACAUUAUUGUUUACAUUACUGGCUGCUCCUGCCUGUGAUAUUUUCUGACAAACCUUGUUGGUUCUGUGUCUAAAAAUAUUUCACCUAUAUAAUAAGUCAUUUGAACCACCAUGAGCAGGUUAAGGCAAUACUAAAGAUGGAUAAAUAAAAGCAGUAAAUGCACAAUGUCACAAUGCAUCUCGCAUGCACUAAUGGUAAUGAAUGUGAUCUUUCUUUGUCCCGUGGGUUUCAUAUCUGAUUGCCCACUCCUGACCACAAGAAAGUUUAAAAAAAAAAAAAUGAAAAAAAAAAAAAAAAAGCUCCCACUCCCAUGACAUUUGGGUCCUGUGGGAUCUCCGUCCCGAUGCACACCUCCAGGUUCGCUAAUCUUAUUAGACACAUGUGGUUUCUUGAGAUUUCAUUAGUCAUUUUGUGGGCCUUCACUUUGUAAGGAAAUGUAGUAUUAGCUGGAGUGGUCGUGGCCUCAGGGAUGUAAUUUUAUAACACUAACUGAAGCCAUUUAUACUGCAAUGUAUAGCUUCAGUAACUGAUUUUAAUACCACUAAACAACUUAUUCCAUAAUUGUGACUUGUAUAUGCUAUUGCAUGUUUGCACAUACACUCACUCUGAAACUAGAAUAACAGCUAUAUGUUUCUUUUCUAUAUGUUAUUGUACAUACACGGCUGUAACUUCAAAUGGUUCUUUUUUUUCCACAUCAUUCUCAUGAGAAUAUCUCUUCAGAUGAGUCUUAAAGAGGUGUAAAAUGUAACUUUACCAAAUCCACAUGUUGUCUACAUUUUUGCAACUACACAGCCUUUGGUUUAGAUUAAUUCUAUCAUGUAAUUACACUAAUACAUGUAAUCAUCAGUUGGCUUGUGCAUACUGUAUAAAAUACUUUUACAUGUUUUAGACCAUGUUUUAUUAUAUUAUGUUUAUUAAGUUAUUUAUGAUAAUGCUCUAUUGUCACAGCAAUAGUCACAACAGGGUCUACAGCAAUGUCGUAAGUGCUGUAGUAGACUCACCUGUACUUCUGUUUUGUAAAUAAAAAUGACAGUCUUCCAUUGCACAAAUGUAUUAUAGCAUGAUUUCUUUUAACCCCUAUAACUGUCAAACAAAUGAUGUUUCGCUUCUUGCAGCAGAAUGGAAUUGAUUUCUCUUCUUACCUUUCGCUUUAGUUAUGGAGUGCGCAACCUUUUCUCAGUUCAUGUGCGCCAGACCGGGCGUGAAAUCUCCCAUUAUAACCAUGGU